ACGACCAUGAGUUACGGCGCAGUUCCAAUUUCUUCAGUCGAGGAGGAGGAGUCGUCUUCUCGCAAUAACAACUCUUCAAGAGGCGGCUUUGCCAGCUUUUUGGAUUCACGUGCGCUGCGUAAGACCAUUCUCGCUCUCGUUGCUAUUGAUUUUGCGGCUGUAAUGGGGACGAUUAUUGUAACACUUCUCCAUCCACUGGAGGACGAAGAUACUAUCCUCGCAAUACUUAACGGAGAGUACUGGUUUCUGUCAUUAAUUGAUGCGAUAGUCGUGAUAACUACAUUCACGCUCGAUAUCGUGUUGACUGGAAAUUUGCGUGAAGUUGCUAGUCUUUUGAUUACCUUCCGUUUCUGGAGAAUAGUCGAGGUAACUGAAGUUGCGGCUCUUGGGGUUGCGAGGUACGACGAGGACUAUGAUCGACAAAGAGAUCAGAGGGUGAAAGAGCUAGAGGAGCAGUUGCAUAAAACUCUAAAGGCCGUAGAGCAAAUUGCAAAUGAGGACGGUUGGGAUGACAGGAGAAGAGAGAAAAUAUUUGGCGACCCGAGAAUCGCUUUCGUGCGGUCUUAUUACGAUUAG